AUGUCGAAUAUCCUCCGCAGACUGCAGGGCGGGAACCUGGAAGUCGUCAAGUUUGGAAUGUACAUCCUCUUUCCCAUUGGAUGGAUGUACUACUUCGGCACGAACCUCGAAGAGCGGUUCUCCGUGCCCGGAUUCUGGCCCACGGCCGAACAGUCGCAUAAGAUUCCGGAGUCGAAGGAAGAGAUUGACCGCGAGUUGAAUAGGAUGCGGAUGGUGGAUGCACUUCGGCGGGAAAGGAGACAGCGGCAGCAGCAGGAGACGAUAGCCUCGCAAGCACAAGGACAAGGGCAAGGGGAAGGCUCGAGUGAGGGGACGGUGUGA